AUGGUGCCGUUGACACAGCUUCAAUUCGCUCUCCCGGCGGACAAGGUUCCCACUCAGGAAAUCGCCAGGGAUAUUAUCGCCGCCUUUCUGACAAAAGAAUGGCCGGAUCAAGACCCAGCAACCAUUACCGUCACGUACAGCACCUCAUUCACCAAUCCCAGCUGCAUCGUCGAGCGGCCUGCUCCCAACACCGCCAGGCCAGCCACGGAGCCCCUCAAGCUCUUCAUCAAGUUUCACCGCACCAGCCUCUCCGACUUUGAAGCCUUCCGGCACCUUGUACCGAGCAAGGAGGAGGAGGCGCAGCUGACGUACAAGUAUGGCCUGACCGGCCUCGGCCCUCGCGUCUACGGCCUGUUCCGGACGUUGGACGGCACGCGCGGGCGCAUCGACGAGUUCCUCGACUCGCGACACCUGCAGCCCGAGGACGUCGAGGACGAGGCUAUCCGAGCCGACGUGGCCCGCAGCCUCGCCACCUUCCACACCCUCCAAACUGCGCUGCCCCAGAAGCCCGUCGCGAGCUACUACGAAGCCAUUGGGAAGGGCCUGCGCAAGUACCACGGGCUGGAGAGGCUCAAGAUGCUGUCCCGCGACGGCGGCGUGCCCAUCGAUGAGCUCGUCGACUACGACAUCGCCGGGCGGUGCGCCGUCGUCGUCGCCGCCCUCCGGUCCAUGUCCGCCAAGACGGGCUGGUGCGUCCACGACAUCCAGUCCAUGAACAUCCUCGUCAAGAACGGCCCCGCGGACGACGGGAGCGGCAGGAUCGCGCUGGUCGACUUGGAGUUUGCGUUUUCCAACUACCGCGCGUUGGACAUUGGCGGGCACUUUAUGCAAAAGAUGUUCAAGUGGUUCGAUAGCAAGAGCAAGAUCGCCGACUGUCGGCCGUACCUCGACGCCGAGGAGCGACACUUUUGCGACGUGUACGCCGCGCGGUGGCGCGAGCGGACGGGCGACGCCGACGAUGAUGGUCUACGGGUAUACCGCGAGGCGCGGCUGGGUUACAUGCUGGCGAUUGCGUUUGACAUUCACAACAUGCUUUGCUGGAUGGAACAGGAGGAUGACAAGGAUCCUUUGAAUCUGGCGGGGUUGAAUAAGCUGUUUGCCGAGUUCAAAGGCCGGUAUGAGGAGUUGGGUCUGGGAGCCGCCCGGUGA